AUGUCGGCGUUUGAUGACAACCCCUUCGCGGAGUCGUCUGGCGUCAACCCUUUCAAUGACCCAGCUGUCACACAAGUGACAAAUUCCAGUAUUGAGCCUAGUCAGUACAACCCUUUCCCUGCCACAAGCCUGGCUAGUCAGACCACUGCAGCGUCCACUUCCCCUUAUCAACCUGCAGUGCUGCAGCCAUCUACAGAGCCCACUCCACAGGCAACCGCCGCUGCAGCACAGGCCAACCUGCUGAGGCAGCAAGAAGAGCUGGAAAGGAAAGCUGCCGAGCUGGACCGCAGAGAGCAGGAGCUGCAGAACCGAGGCUCCUCAGGUAAAGAAAACAACUGGCCCCCACUUCCCAAGAGUUUCCCUAUCAAGCCGUGUUUCUAUCAGGACUUCUCUGAGGAAAUCCCCACUGAGUAUCAGAGGGUGUGCAAGAUGAUGUACUACCUCUGGAUGUUCAACUGUGUGACACUCUUCCUCAACAUGCUGGCAUGCCUGGCCUACUUCACCACGUCAGCUUCUUACGGUGUCGAUUUUGGCCUCUCCAUCCUUUGGCUCAUCCUCUUCGCUCCCUGCUCCUUCCUCUGCUGGUAUCGGCCGGUCUACAAGGCCUUCAAGUCCGACAGCUCCUUCAGCUUCUUCUUCUUCUUCUUUGUCUUCUUCUGCCAAGUGGCCAUCUUCAUCAUCCAGGCAGUGGGUAUCCCCAGGUGGGGCAACAGCGGUUGGAUCGCCGCCUUCUCGGUCAUCAACACAUCCAAAGCGGUGGGCGCCAUCAUGAUCAUAGUGGCCAUCCUCUUCACCAUUUGCGCCGUCAUGUCCGUCAUCCUCCUCAAGAUGGUUCACGGCAUGUACCGCCGAACCGGGGCCAGCUUCCAUAAGGCCCAGCAGGAGUUCUCGCAAGGCAUUUUCACCAAUAAAACAUUCCAAACUGCCGCCGCCAACGCAGCAGCGUCUGCAGCACAAGGAUCUUUCCAGGCAAACAACUAG